CGCCUGCCUCAGCAAUGUCUGCGCGCUCGCCGCCUUCGCUCGGAGCCGGGUUCUAGCCCCUUGCCCGCACCCUGGCCAUGGUGAACCGAGGAGCUCGGCAGCGCCUGAAGGGCAGCAAGGGCGGCGCAGGCAGGGCUGGCAGCGGCGGGGACACGGCCUGCGCCGCGAAAAAGCGGCGGGAGCUGCCGUGCGGCCCGAAGGAGCAGGGCGCCGAGCCGCGGAGCGAAUUACCUGGGAACAAAGCAGGGCAAGUGUGGGCUCCCGAAGGAUCUACUGCUUUCAAAUGCCUGCUCUCUGCAAGGCUGUGUGCCGCUCUCCUAAGCAACAUCUCUGACUGUGAUGAAAUAUUCAACUACUGGGAACCAACACACUACCUCAUCUAUGGGAAGGGGUUUCAGACGUGGGAGUAUUCCCCAGCCUAUGCCAUUCGCUCCUAUGCUUACCUGUUGCUUCACGCCUGGCCAGCUGCAUUCCAUGCAAGAUUUCUACAAACGAGUAAGAUUCUUGUCUUUUACUUUGUACGAUGUCUGCUAGGUUUUGUGAGCUGUGUCAGUGAACUUUACUUUUACAAAGCUGUGUGUAAGAAGUUUGGGCUGCAUGUGAGCCGAAUGAUGCUUGCUUUCUUGGUUCUCAGCACUGGCAUGUUUUGCUCUUCAUCCGCAUUCCUUCCUAGUAGCUUCUGCAUGUACACUACGUUGAUUGCCAUGACCGGCUGGUAUAUGGAGAAGACUUCUGUGGCCGUGUUGGGAGUAGCCGCUGGGGCUAUCUUGGGUUGGCCAUUCAGCGCAGCUCUUGGCUUACCUAUUGCUUUUGAUUUGCUGAUCAUGAAACACAGGUGGAAGAGCUUCUUGUGUUGGUCACUGGUGGCCCUCAUCCUUUUCCUGGUGCCAGUGGUGAUCAUUGACAGCUACUAUUAUGGGAAGCUGGUGAUCGCGCCACUCAACAUUGUUUUAUAUAAUGUCUUUACUCCUCAUGGCCCUGAUCUUUAUGGCACGGAACCCUGGUACUUCUAUUUAAUUAAUGGAUUUCUGAAUUUCAAUAUAGCCUUUGCUUUGGCUCUUUUUGUUUUGCCACUGACCUACCUUAUGGAAUACCUACUACAGAGCUUUCACGUUCAGAAUUUAGGCCACCCAUAUUGGCUUACCUUGGCUCCAAUGUAUAUCUGGUUUCUGAUUUUCUUCAUCCAGCCUCACAAAGAGGAGAGAUUUCUUUUCCCUGUGUACCCACUUAUAUGUCUCUGUGGUGCUGUGGCUCUUUCUGCACUUCAGAAAUGUUACCACUUCAUGUUUCAGUGGUACCGCCUAGAGCAUUAUACCAUCACGUCCAAUUGGCUGGCACUGGGGACCGUCUUCCUCUUUGGGGUCCUUUCCUUUUCUCGAUCGGUGGCACUAUUCAGAGGAUAUCACGGGCCCCUUGAUUUGUAUCCAGAAUUUUACCGAAUCGCUACCGACCCAACCAUCCACACUGUCCCAGAAGGCAGACCUGUGAAUGUCUGUGUGGGUAAGGAGUGGUAUCGGUUUCCCAGCAGCUUCCUCCUGCCUGAUAAUUGGCAGCUUCAGUUCAUUCCAUCGGAGUUCAGGGGCCAGUUACCAAAACCUUUUGCAGAGGGAUCACUGGCCACCCGGAUUGUUCCUACAGACAUGAAUGACCAGAACCUGGAGGAGCCAUCGAGAUAUAUCAACAUCAGCAAAUGCCACUACUUGGUGGAUUUGGACACGAUGAGAGAAGCACCCCGGGAACCAAAAUACUCAGCCAACAGUGAAGAGUGGAUCAGUGUGGCCCACAGACCAUUCCUCGAUGCCUCUAGAUCUUCAAAACUGCUACGGGCAUUCUAUGUCCCUUUCCUGUCAGAUCAGUAUACAGUGUAUGCAAAUUACACCAUCCUCAAACUCAGGAAAGCAAAGCCAAUCAGGAAGAAGACUGGAGGUUAGCAGCAGGCUCGUGAUCCAGGUCGACAACCAUCCAGUGACCCGGUUCUACUCACAUGACUCCCUCCAAGUCAUCACUUUGUAACAUUUGUAAUAAAGACCUCUGACACGAAGACUGGAAUCUGUGUGCUUUGGGCCAGUCAAGUCACUCACAUCCACCUUUUUGCCUGUGUAUUCUGCAUGCAAACGAGGCAAAGAAAGGCCCUGCAGUCCUGGUAGAUUGAAGCCCUGAAGUCCAACGGUUGCUCCACAUCUCAUUGUUUUCCUUCUGUUCCAUUGUUUACUAGACCAGAGAAGAGCAGGACCGACUUACAGAAAGAAUUGAAAAUCCCUCUCCUGGAUGCUGUUAAGCUCUUCCCCACACUCUGGCCUGGCAUCUAAGCACGCCUCUCGCCUCUCCAGGGCCAUAUGGGUUUCUCCACCAAAGCUACUUGGCAGCUCUGAGCAGCCCUUCUUGUUCAAAUCCUAGUGCUGAAAUGACAGUGGCCGUGUUGCCAGCCUUCAUGUCCUCUCAUCUCCAUCACGGCCGAACUUCCCAGAAACCCUUCACAGGACUGGCUCCUGUCCUGGAGAUGUCUCAGGAAGAAGGGAACUGGGUGACGAAGUAUGGCUGAGAAGUGGCAUGAUGGAAGAUGCCUAGUUUUCAGUUUAUUUACUUUAUAGCAAACUGUAAUUCCCCCACGCCCACCCCCCAGGUUCCAGUAUGCUGUUUCUUGACUUCAAGACUUUCCUGCCUCAAGGAAUCAGCAGAUCUGACUAAAAGUAAAGAACCUGUUUGGAGAAAAUUAAUUCCAUCAGUCGGUCGAUGUGAAAAAUAGCUCAGUUUAAGUAAUAUACUCUGAGUUCCUUCCUGAGGAAAUUAAGAAUUCUCCACACACACACACCUCUUUUUAAUUUUUUUUAACAACCCAGUUUAUAGCACAUAUUUAUAGCACAUAUUUUUGAGUUUCAUAUUGCAAAGCACAUCCUGCAUCAGGCAAUUCUGGUCAAAUAAAAAAUGAUAAUGACCUAAUUAAAAUAUGAUCAAUACAUAUGAUUUCCUUGCCUUUACAUCCAGUGUUCCAAGCGUUUACAAGGCAGUUUUCCAUGAUCUCAGAGCUAUGACAUGACAUUAGGGAGACAAAGUAGAUUGUUUUGCACCUACGGACCUUGUGGUACCGGGUAUCAAACACGGGGCUCCUGCAUACAAAACUUGCACUCAGGUCACCUGUCUGGCCCCAAGGUAGGAAGUCUUUAUCCCCAUUUUUCAGACAAGAAGACUGAGACUAAGGGAGGUGGUAACAUGACCUACCCCAGGUUCCACUGCCCACAUGAGUGCUGGGACUAGCUUCUCAUUCAGUGCUCAUCCACAUUCCUCACUCAGCUGGGAAAACAUCACUGGAAAGAAUGAUGAGAUUGGCUGGAGACACGAGUACAGUUUCUCCUUGAAGGCAGACUUUCCUCCGCCCUCUUCUGAAUUCUUUAGACCCUCCAGUCUGCCUGUGGGCAAGGCCACCUGCAGUGCAGCUCGCCCGAGAAAGCAGUGCUUCUGUCUGGAAGUCUCGCUCCUUCAUAGCCAGGCAGGAUCCAGUGCCAGCACCACUCCAUGAUCAAUCUGGGUCACGUACAGGUGCCUUAUUCCCCUCCAGGUGAGUGUGUCAAGUCUCUGUAGAGACGAGGGGCCCAUUUUCCAGUUUCCAUCUUUCAUUUUAAAAGAGAAGGGCUUGUAGAUCGGCACUGGUGCCAAGCGAAGAGAAAGAUGGGGCUCAGGGGAUUGUCCGUGAAAUAUUUCCCCACACCUACAGUUAUAUUGACCAUCCUUCACAGUGGCUAAAACUCGUUUUUUUGCAAAAGAAAAUAAGAGUACAUGGGGCCAGAAAGAUAGUACAGAAGGGAAGGCAAAUUGCCUUGCAUGGGCCUGCAGUAGCUGCAACUCUGGUUCCAAUCUCAGCACCACAUAUGGGCCAUGAGCACCAUCAGGGGUCACUUCUAAGCACAGAGCCAGGAAUGGUCCCUGAGCAUCACUGGGUGUGGCCCAACACAUCCCCCUCCCCCACCCAACACACACACACACACACACACACACACACACACACGUAGAGAGUCUAGUGAUGGAGGCCCGUGAUGAGUUUUCUCCUAAAAUGUUCCUCCUGCCACUUCCUUGAUCUAUGAAUGCUGAUCUAUUUUUAUCAUCCUGCUAUUUUGCAUGUCUUUUUAAAAAAUGGCCUUCCGGGCUGGGGACAUAGUUCCAAGGGCGGGAGCAUGUGCUUUGUAUGCCACAGGCCCUGUUUCCAUCCUGACACGAUAGCCUGAGUAUCCCUGCACACUGAGCUGGGAGUAGUCCCAGAACUUUCAGGUGUGGCCCUCCCCACUUUAAAAACCUUUGGAGCAAGAUGUUAAUGCUAUUAUAAUUAUAUGACCCAAACUGUGAUGAUUGAUCCAGGCAUUUCUUGGGAACGCUUCACUUCUAUCUCUUUUAAAACCUGCUUCUGAGUGUCUCUCUUCCACAUCCAUCUUGAGUGUGAGCGCGACCGAUUGCAGAACACUGUGCCAAAUGCUGUAGGGAAAGUCAUAAAAAUGGCUUUCACUGCGAAGGUGUCUUUCAUGUGAGAUCCUAUAAAUGCAUUUAAGAAAUUCUCUACCUCCACACGACACAAAGGUGAACCUCUGGGAGCAGGGCUCUGGUGGACUGGGGCGGAAAGAGCAUCGACAGUCUUGGUCGGGUGGCUUUGAUUCUGCAGAGUAUCAUUAUUAGGCAGGGAGAGAAUGCCCUGCUUGCUGCGGGGACAGUCGCCAAGGUCUGAACUUCCCCGUAGACAUGGCAUGAGGCACAGCAGAUUCUGUGCUGUGGCCUAUGAUGGCGAGCCUGGUGUGGGAGAGGGUCCUGGCCAGCUCAGGCCUCUCUGGUCUGGAGAUCAGGAGCAGCCCUGCCGGUAACGUGAUGUUUCCAGCCCAGACUCUGUGGUAGCAUCAGUUGUCAAGGUUGACCUGCCGUCUAGGGGGUGUCUAUUUUAGCCUCUUGAAAUAAUUCCUGAAAAUUGAAGCCUAUACAUUUUGCCAUUGAAUUCAACUUUAGAAACAGACUGGUCAUCAACCCAGGUGGCUCUGGAUGCCAGCUGUUUAUUUGGGAUAUUUUUCCAGUUGGGAGGUCUGGGAAAGAACCUUAGAAUUCUCAAGUGCUUCCAUAACAUGAGGUCUCGGGUGACCAUUGGGCAGAGCACCAAUAGUAAUCUUUUAUUGUGUUUUGCAUUUCAUGAGAUUUAUUAAAAUAAGAAUUAGCUGUGAUUGCACUGUCUUCUGGAUAAUGGCACAGCUCUGCUUUCAAUUUAGUUCAUUUUAUUUUCUCUGGAGAGCAAAAGAGGCACAAUUCAAUCAGGCAAAUUAAAGCGCAUGUGUUAAUUCAUUCUUACACUUCCACAUAAAAUGCCUUGAAUAAAUGGAUAAAAGAACGUGUGCUCAGCUUAAUGCUUUUGCAACUGAAGAAUUAGACUUUGUAUGGCAUUGCUGCAUUUCAGAGGCUACUUGAUGUUUCUGUAAAUCUGGAUGAAUACUGCCUUUAAUUUUCCCCAUAUCUAUAACCAUGUGAUCAUACAAAUAAAAUCAGAAACCAGUGCAGUGUGGAAGCAAGUGUUACCCCAUACAUUUGUCUCACUGAGUCUUGUACUUUGUGUCAUGUGUCAGUGUUUACACGACCAACUUACUGUAUUUUCGGCAAAAGAAAAAGUUGAAUAAACACUUGGUGGUUUGA